CAAGAGUCGGACCAAAUUCUGAAAAACAUGAAACCUCAGCUGUUCAGCUUUACCCAUUUGCACGCCUGAAAUCCGAUGAAUUGCUGUUUCGGGUGAGGGCAUCAUUGUAAUAAAAUAAUUGAAAUUCUCCUUCAAUUUCUUCACCAAACCAACCCAAGAUCAAGAUUUCUUUAAAAAAAUUAUGAACUCAGACUCCCUCUCUGCCGAACUUAUUCUAGAUUCUUACAUUUUCUUUUUUAAAUUUUUGUAUGGGUAUAUGUAAACAAGAAUUGCUCCAAGUAGGCCAGAAAAAAAAAAAAGGAAAGAAGAAAGACACUAGCAGAGGGAAGAGCGCCUCCCAGCUGUUUGCUUUAAUGACUUUGUUCUUAACGAGGAACUUCGAUGCACUCCAAACUCUGCUGCUGACUCAAGUCGAGAGCCCUUAAAUCUGUUCUUUUUUCAAGAUAUAUGUGCAUUGCAUUUCUUUUUUAUAUGUAUGCAUACACAUAUACUAACAGUCGGUGGAUGAGUAAUUGAAGAAAUCUGAGCUCUUAGGGAGGAACCAUUUUGGUUUUUCUUUCGUUCUUGGGAGGUAUCAUGGCUGAAGAAAUCUGUCUCUUCACUAAGGAUGCCCUAAUCAUAAAACCUCCCAAGAAAUCUCCAGCUUCUUUGAGGAUGUUAGUCUUAGUAUUUGCAAUGGUGUGUGGUGUUUAUAUCUGCUCGGUCUGUCUAAGGCAAACAAAUAUUCAUACAAGUACUAAAUUCAUAAAUAUUGAAGUUAAUCAGAGGUAUUGUCACGACAACGAUAUUGAUAAAUCUCAAACUCCGUACUUGCACUACCCAAAACCCACUUCAUUUAGCAGGGCUGAGUGUGCCUGUAAUCCUGUGCGGCUUUUCACCAUUCUGUCUAUGCAAAGAUCUGGAAGUGGAUGGUUUGAAACUCUGUUGAACAGCCAUACGAAUGUAAGCUCCAACGGUGAGAUAUUUUCCGUCAAAGAAAGGAGAAGCAACGUUUCUUCAAUCUUUUCAACUCUGGAUAGAGUCUACAAUUUGGACUGGUUUACUAGUGCUUCCAAGAAUCAGUGCUCGGCUGCAGUUGGCUUCAAGUGGAUGCUUAAUCAGGGGUUGAUGGAGUACCAUAAGGAAAUUGCCGAAUAUUUCAAUAGCAAAGGUGUUUCUGUAAUAUUUCUUUUCCGGAGAAAUUUGCUGCGCCGGAUGGUUUCCGUCCUUGCUAAUUCUUAUGAUCGUUAUGCCAAACUCCUCAAUGGGACACACAAGUCCCACGUGCACUCGCACGAAGAGGCUGAUACUCUUUCUAGCUAUAAACCAGUAAUGAAUUCAACAUCUCUGGUGACGGAUCUAAAGCUCAUGGAGAAGAUGGUCUUGGAUGCGUUGGAGCAUUUCAGCAGCACUAGGCACAUUGUCCUCUACUAUGAAGAUCUCAUAAAAAAUCGAACUAAACUGGUAGAUGUUCAAGAGUUCCUAGGGCUGCCACAAAUGGAGUUAACUAGUCGGCAGGUGAAGAUACACAGAGGGUCAUUGUCGGAGCACAUCAAGAACUGGGACGACAUCACCAAGAUUCUCAGAGGAACAACUUACGAAAGCUUCCUACAAACCGAUUACACUAAUUAGAGCCUGUUAGUCUGUUGCAGAUGUGAAGCAACUAACUCUCUUAUAGAAAGCUGACUGUUGUCGAGGUGAUCAAUGCGACUUUGAUCAUCACCAGAGUUCCUCUUUUAUUUUCUUACCUUUAAUUGUACUUAGGUUCUUUUUUUAUUUUCGUUUUUUCUUUUCUGGUUUUGGAAGCAUGCAAGAUGUAUAGGGUUUGUAACUUAUGUAUAGACAUCACCAAGGUAAUGUGACAUCUGAAGCAAAAUUUGGCUUCUGCUUUGAUGUGUUCAUUGUUUGUCUUGAAGAAAGCUAUGAUGGAU